AUGUACAGCCACCGCCGCGACCGCCACCCCCAGCUCUCCUCCCCUCACCAGAGCCCCUUUCCUCCGUCGCAAUAUCCACUCUUCUUUGGCAGGAUGCCCUGUUCUUCACGCUCUUAUCCUCACGAACAGCAGAUGCUCCGGGCUCCUCAACAACGUCCCUUGGCCCACCCAGCGUCGGGCUAUGAUGAAGGAGGCAACAACUUUGAUGACUAUAGUCGCCAGACGCAGUCAUACAGCUACUGGCCAGCCGUCCCCUUGUCUGGGGAAACCACCCAACCUGCCCGUCUCCCAGCUCGCUGCCUGCCCUCCCCGUGGAGAGAUGUACAAAGAGCUAGACUGCAUCGUGAGAGGGGAGAAAGACCAGAGUUACCAAGACCAGAGUUACCUUUCAACAUCCUACCAAGCAUCGAAAACGACGACCGCUCCUCUCUCACCUUCCCGGACCAUCAUAUUCUCACAAGCGACUCCUCCUGGACGUCUCCGCUUACGCCCGCGUCCGACGCAACCAUGUCACGAUCACCUUCCCUCAGCGACGACGGUUCCAUCUCGGACCUGCACCAACGCCGCCGCCCCCGAGACCUAGUCCCCGAUUACGUCUGCUCGACGCCCAGUGUAUCCCCGCUCACCUCCCCAUCCUCAUCCUCAUCCUCAGCUGCAGAGAGCGCGCUCGACCGCCGCGCCACAGCUCGACCCCCAACGCCUCCGCGACGCCGACAGCACGCUCCGUCACCCUCCCUCUCUCCGCCCUCUGUCCCCGGCCAUCCCUCCGCCGCGCCGUUCCGCCUCAGCCGCCAGGCGGGCAACCCGCGACUCCAGGCUAGGGUCCUCGCCCCUCCUCCUUUGCAGGCGUCGCGCGUUGACAACUCCGCGUGGCAACCUCGGCGCUGUCACUGUGGGGAAGGUUUCUGCAGACACCAGGCGGAUGUCAAUGGCGGACGGCUGACGGCUGAGAGGGGGAGGUUUUGCGGGUACUGUCGCGCAUACCAUUGCGCCUGA